AUGGCACCGUCAAGUUCUUCGACUAAAAGUCCAAAAAAGCGGAAACGUUUAGCAGAGGAUACAGACAAAUAUGAUAUACCUAAGAAGAAGAAGAAGUCCAAGAAAAAGAGAGACCCUGAAAAGUUGUCUGAAAGCUUGUCAGAUGCUGGACCAACACCGGGACAAGAAUUAGAGAACAGCGAUGACAACUCGGUGGUUUGGUCUGCUGAUGAUGUGGCAAACUUGCUGGACAACAUUGAGAAGUUGUACCCUGGAAAACCAUCUGACAUUUCCUACAGGCGGUCCCUGACAAAGAUUAAGUGGGAAAAAGUGGUGGUAGAAUCUCAUUCACCGGAUGCAUGUAAAGCCAAGUUCCUGGAACUCUUAACAAGGGUGAACUCAGUACGCACUCUUUCAGAGAUGGUAAAGGCGGUUAGAAGUAACAAAGUUGUCCCGGUGGUUCCAUGUAUUGGAGUGAAACCGAAACCCCCAACAACUGUUUAUAUGUUGUUUUGCCAAAAAUACAGAGAAAAACACAAAGGAGAAACAAUACAGUUGAGUGAUUUGGCAACUAGUUACCGCAAUAUUUCUGAGAAAAAAAAGAAAAAGCUGGAAAAACAUUAUGAGAAAGGAAAAUUGCAGUACAUUAAAGAAAUGGAAAAAUUCAGACAGAUGAAUCCAGAUCUUUAUCCUGUUAAGGUUAAAUCUCCCAGGAAAACAAAGAGUUCAGCAAAAUGUCCUAAAGUGGUCACUCCAGUUUCUCUUUAUAUCCAACACAUGUUGGAGAAGGAAUUAGCCAAUAAUAAAGAUGCUGACAAAUCGGAAAUAAGAAGUCAUGGAAAAGCAAAAUUUGCCACUCUUAAACCUAAAAAGCAACAGAAGUGGCUCGAUCAAGCAGUUGUUGCUAACAAAGAUUUAGAGGAACGUCUGAAAGUCUUCAUGAACAAUCAUCCAGAAAGUAAAUUCAGCUCCACGAUAUUGCUGAGAAAUGCACAAAAAAUCUUACAGAAAGCAAGAGGGAAGCCGGAAAAUCCACGAUCCGCUUUCAGAAUUUUUUCGCUACAAAAUCAUUCAAAAAUGACUCAUAUGACACAAAAAGAACAGCAGAAAGAAAACAUCGCUCAGUGGAAAGCACUUUCAUUCUCUGGAAAGAUGGAGUUUGAAAAACAAGCACUUCAGGAAAAGGUUGACUAUGCAAAACAGUACAAAGAAUUCUUGCAAAACUUGUCAGCGGAAGAACGUGUAGAGUUAACGAAAUGGGAGACAAAAAAGAAUACUCCUGCAAAGUCAUCAGAUGAAGUUGAUCACAGUAAAAGGGCAGAAUGUUUCUCAUCUCCAAACGGCGAAAAUCCCAUUACAGCUGCAAGGAAAAUAGACAUAAAGCAGCCUGAACCAUCAUCCUCUGAUGAAGAAAAAAUGACCAAACUGAAAUCUCCACGGAAGUCAUCACUAGAGAGAUCAAAGAAUCCUGUGUUACCAUCUCCUUCAUCUUCCAACUCCUCAGAAAGUGAAGAGGAACAAGCACCAUCACCUAAAAAAUCUAGACUUUCACCACAGAAGGUUGUACCUUCUCCCAAGAAGGUACUGAAAAAGAGUUCCACCAGCUCGUCAUCUAGUUCUGAGAGCAGUGAUGAGGAAACUGUUGUACGUUCACCUAAAAAAAGUGAGAAAGUACUGAAAAAGACAAAAUCUUCAUCGUCAUCAUCUUCAUCUUCGCCAUCAUCAGAUAGUGAAAAUGUAGUUUUAACACAAAAACCUGUGGUGUCAUCUGUAAAUAAAAGAAAACCAUCUCCUCCAAUAAAACGACUGGUACCAUCAACUUCACCAGUGAAGAAAACAAAAAUCCCUGUCAAAACAUCUAAACAGUCUGACUCCAGUGACUCCAGUGACUCAGACAGCAGCAGCAGCAGUAGCAGCAGUGAUACCCAACCCACAAAGACAGCACAGAAGCCACCAUUGCAGUCAAGCCCAUUCACAACUUCUGCAAUCAAAACGGUGGUAAGCCAAAGUGAAUCCUCUAGUGAUUCUGACAGCAGUUCCGACUCGGAUUAAUCUCAGAUCUAACACAGGAAUUCAUCACCUUAUGCUAGAGACUUUGAAACAGGACACAGAGAUAUUCCUGGAAGAAAAUUUGGACCCACGUGCAUCAUAUUCAAAUAACUUUACAACUGAUGUUUACUAGUCCAUCAUCAAUUGUCUGACAUGUUCAAACCUUAAUGAGCUACUUAAAAAACUUUCUUCAUUGUUUUUUACUCUGUGAUUGUCACAAUACCAAAAAUUUGUGGUGCAUUAAUUUCCUGAAACAGACUAUACUUUUUAUCACAAAAAAGGAACUAUAACUCGUUGUUUGUUACAUUUAUUUGUUAAUAGAAAGUCAAUAAGACAUUUUUCUUGGUGUAGUAUAUCAGUUUGUAUGGAUGGAGAGUGAGUUAUUGUACCAGAAUCUAUAUAUGUUACUAUACAUCUGUUGAAAUAAUUCAAAUGUGAAUUUAAUUGUUAUAAACUUUUAACCUUUCAGUAUAAUUGUAAUUAAAGCCUUUAUAUUUGUCGUGAACAAAAUGUCAAUAUUUCUUUGAUAUGAGCUAUUCUGUGUUGGAUAUGCAGUAUUUGAUUUAGGAAAAAUUUGGAGUAUCUUGCCAUAUCUUGUCCUGUUGUUAUGCUCCCUGAAAAUACUAAGACGAUGUGAAAUGUACCACAUUCAGGGCCUGAAACUCCUUAUUGUCUCCCAGAGACUUGGGUAUCAAAGUCAAAAACAUUACAAUUAGUAGGAAGGUUUAAUGGAGUUAAAUUUCUGUAUCCUGGUAUCAUCUGUCUGCCUCCUAUGAUGAGGUAUAAUACUAGUAAGUGUAGGGUUAUUUGAAAUACUUCUGGGUAUUACUUGUUUUUGGUAUUGCACCAUAAACAUGGAAUGGUUGUCAGGUGUACAUGAACUUGACCAGUCUCUGCAAUAUUGUGGUUAAAAUGUUUUCUACCUAGAUGUAUUUGCUGGAUUGUCCUGUGAACAGCCAGGAAUAUUUGGAGACAGUAGUAAGUGGUGGCUUCCUCACUGAACAUACGGAAAAUCUGGAAGCAUUUAACCACAUGUCAAGUUGCUGAGGUCAAUAUUAUAAUGUCUGAGCUAACCCAGAUACUAUCAUAAUAAAAUAUCAUUUUCAAAAUAA